UCUCUAGAGGUUAUCAUACUGAAUGGCUAAAGUCCAAAGAGACACAAUUUUACGAUUUCCAAACGAAGAAAAAUGGCGAACGGUACAAGCCUUGUGGACAGCGAGUAUAAAGAAAAUUUGAGCGAAGGGGAGACAACCAGCAGUGAAGAUGAUGCCGGAGAGAUCAAAAGUGAGGCACACGUCAAACCAUCAGCACCUGCCUUAAAAAAGGAUAAGAAAAAACAUAAACACAAACAUAAACACAAGCAUAAGCAUGGAAGUGAUCGUCAUAAGCAUAAACACAAGCGAAAGAAACACAAAACCGAUAAAGUGUCAACAGAAGAAAAUCCUCAUCCAAAAAAGAAAAUGCGACUUGAAGACAGUGAUUUAGAAAAACUUGAGGCUGCUAGGGAAGCUCUCAAAGCAGUAUUAAAUGCUGAGGGUGAUGAAUCCAUGGUUAAUUCCAUGAACCUCAUUGCACAGGGGUAUGCAGAUAGUGAGGAGGAAGAAGAGGGUGAAGUUGACCAUGAAGAAACAAAGGCAGAGAAAGUGAAAAGACGGGAAUGGGAAAUGAUGGAAAUGACUAUAGCAAAUAAAAAUAAAGAGGCAGAAGAAGUUGAGGAAAAUUCAGAUAUUGAAAUAACUGGUGUAGAAAAUGUAAAGAAAUCAAAUUCUAGUAGCAGGAAAAGUAAAAGAAGUGAUAGUAAUCAUGUACGAAAUGAAAGCAAAGAUAGAAGAAAUCGAGAGAAAAAAGACUCAAAUAGAAAGAAAGUAUCAAGGAGUAAAUCUCCAAAAGGGAAACAUGACAAUCAUAGCACUGAUAGAGAAAGAGAUCACAGGACUGAACGUGAUGAUAGGGCAUAUAGGAUGGAACGCAGCAUACCAACAAGUAGGUCACCCGUCCGGCGAAGAUCAAGGGAAAGGGACAUUUCCCCCCGCAGGGAAAUCAGUAGAAUGGAUGAAAGGAGAGUAAGAGAAGAUAGACCAGAGAGACGCUCUCCUUUACGGCGAUCUUCCCCAUCUCGCAGACCAUCUCCCAGCCGACGUACUCCUCCAUUGCGACGACCCUCGCCUGGUCGACGAUUUUCACCGGGUCGACGAUCUCCUCUUCGUCGACUGUCCCCUUCACAACGUUUUUCACCCACAAGAAGAAGAUCUCCAGAUCGAAGGUCACCAGGACGUAUGGGAGAUAGAUUUAGGAGAUCUCCUAUGAGGAAUAGGAAUCCAUAUGACCGUGAUAGAAGCAGAGAUCAUCGUGGACGAAGAAGUAGAUCACGUGACCGACAUAAUAGGACAAAGGAUAAGCCUGAAGACAAAUUCAAGGGAAGUUUGUCAGAGGGCAUGAUAAAGGGCAAGGAGGAAUCAGACGAAGAGUUAGAUCUGGAUUUCUCCAGUGAUGAAGAUGAUGAAGAUGUACUGAUUGAGAAAAGAAGGAAAGAGAGGGAGGCCUUAUUACAGAAACUGAAACCCACAGUGGCAGAGAACGAGGAUAGUCAUCUGACAACAGAUGGCGGGGAAACCAUGGCAACCCACAGUGGUAGUGAUUCUUCCUCAUCCUCCUCAGACAGUGAUGACCUUGUGGGUGAGGAGGACAUAUAUGACUUUGAGGAGUCCAUGGACAAAAAGCGGAAAGCGUUACAAGACGUCGCUGCCGAAAACACAGAGGAAGACAAAGCAGUUGUAAACCCAGAGAAGCCUCUGAAGUCAGACAUGUUCUCAGAAACAACAGAUAUGUUCAAUGAAAACUACAUUUUUAAUCAAAGUCCCAGUAGUGCUUACCAGUUUAUGUCAUCUGCUCAUGAAAAUGCUAACCUCACAGAUAAUUGGGAUGAUGCUGAGGGCUACUAUAGAGUACGAAUCGGUGAAAGCUUAGACAAGCGUUACACAGUGUUUGGUUUCACAGGACAAGGUGUGUUCAGUAAUGUAGUGCGUGCCCGUGACACUGCUAGGACAGGGCAGGAUGUCGCCAUCAAAAUUAUCAGGAAUAAUGAAAUGAUGCAUAAGACGGGUCUGAAAGAACUGGAGUUCUUGAGAAAACUUAAUGAUGCUGAUCCUGAUGACAAAUUCCAUUGUUUGAGGUUGUACCGACACUUUUUCCACAAAAACCAUCUUUGCCUUGUGUUUGAAUCUUUGAGUAUGAACCUGAGAGAGGUGCUGAAAAAAUAUGGAAAAGACAUUGGUCUUCACAUCAAAGCAGUCCGAUCAUACGCCCAGCAACUCUUCCUUGCCCUCAAACUUCUCAAGCGAGCUAGCAUCCUCCAUGCCGACAUUAAGCCAGACAACAUCCUGGUGAAUGAAUCUAAGUUACUUUUAAAGCUGUGUGACUUUGGAUCUGCCUCCCACGUUUCUGAGAAUGAUAUUACACCGUAUCUUGUGAGUCGUUUCUACCGAGCACCAGAAAUCAUCAUUGGUAUGGGGUACCAUCAUAGUGCUGACCUGUGGUCUGUAGGGGCGACAAUCUUCGAACUUUACACAGGUAAAAUCCUCUUCCCUGGCUCCUCCAACAAUGAGAUGUUGAAGUACAUGAUGGAUGUUAAGGGCAAGAUGCCUAACAAGAUGAUCAGGAAGGGUAUGUUUAAGGACCAACAUUUUGAUCCCGGUUACAACUUCCUGUACCACGAAGUGGACAAAGUCACCCAUAGGGAGAAAGUGACAGUACUGAGCAUGAUCAAUCCAUGUAAGGAUCUUCUGGCAGAGCUGAUUGGGUACCAGCGUCUUCCUGACGACCAGCUGAGGAAGGUGACACAACUGAAAGACCUACUGGAGAAAGUUCUGAUGAUGGACCCGAGUAAGAGAAUCACCAUCAACCAGGCUCUCACUCACCCCUUUAUUCAGGAGAAGAUCUAGACCAGUGUCACUUUUACAGCUAUCUCCCACCUCGACACUUGUUACUGGAAACAGGAUUGAUUGCAAGCUGUGGGUUUAGGAAAUAAAAGACAAAAUGUUUGAGUGAUAAUAUUGCAAAUAUUUUGUCAAAAAAGAUGUGAAUUUUCAGAGACAAAUAAGUAAACAAUACAUUGGAAUCUGACGUUGGAAUAUUUGACUCUUUGGAAAUUGGGGAAAUGUUUGUGCGGUAAGAUAUAAAUCCUAUGGGGAAAAAGUAUGUGUGAACUUGUAUUUUCAUUGCAGGGAUCAAUGUUGCUGUGUCUGUUCAAUAUAUACCAGGUAUACAUUUGAACUUAAAUCUCACACAGGUGUGAUAUACUUGUUAAAGGAUGAAGACAGGAGACUAUGUUGAUUCUAUACCCAGUUUUACAGAUUAUGAUAAUCAUGUGUUUACAUUUCAGUGAAUGAAACAGCAGAUAUGUGUUCCAUGAAAUCAAAGAUGAUGUGAUGGACCAAUCACAGAGCUUGUAUUAUGUUUUGAUGGAAGACUGUGAUUAUGAAUGGACCAAUCACUCACCUUGUUAAUUGUAAUGAUGGAAAAGGUUUUGCAAAGGUAACCAUGAGUAUAAGACAGAAUGUAAUUUUUACAUUAUUUCAGAAUUUAUGUUAAGAACAUGUGCCAGACUAGUUCUAGAUAUGUGCAUCAGCUGUGUUUGUUUGUACUAAACUAGGUAAGUCACACUUUUUCACAUCAUCUUGAAACUCGAAUGUUGUUGUCAUGAGGAUACAAAAUUUCAAUCUGUCUGUACAGGUAAAGUGUGCUGUGCUAUUUUCAACAUUGAAUGCAAUUUAGAUAGCAAUAUAAAAACAAUUGUCAAAAAUCCAGCACAUUGUACAAUGCAAUACUUCACCUAUUUUUUACUUGGAAUUGUAAACACUUUCAUACUGGUACCUUCUUUUUUUAAUUAAGCUUAAUAAUAUUUACAUAUAAAAAUCAAAAAAAGUUAUGUUGAAGAGUAAUGUUAAUUUUCUCAUUAAAUUUUUUUUCUUGUUGUAUUUCAUUCUUCAUUUUUAACCUAUUGUAAGAUUAUGCCAUUGAUUUUUAUUUUUUUUUUAUUGUUAGAGCAUGAUUUGGUAUCAAAAACUCUUCCCCUAAAUUAUUUUGACUUUUUCAUUCCAGGUCAGGCAGCUUAGGCCAGACCUAACCGCCGUUGACAGCUUACGUUGUCAUAUAACUCAGAUAAGUCUUUACACUUAUACAUCUCAUCAUCUGAAACCAUUAUUUUUAUAACAAGAAUUUUUAAACCCAUCUUCAGCUUCAAAAAAAAAUUUGGAUAGCAUUUAUUUUGAAGGUACCAAAAGAUUUUUUUUGUAAGAAAAUUGAACUACUGAUGUUGGUUUGAUAUAAGAAAUCACUGAUAUAUAUCGGAACAAGUGUCACAUUCUGUACCAAACACUGAAUUAUUUUACUUUUCAUACUGUUCUGGAUUUAAAAUGCUAUAAAGGUCCAUCUUUUUCAUGAUCCUUUGUAGUUGGUAGCAGCUAUAGUUGAUUUAACUUGUAACCAUAUUGAAUUAAGAGAGGUGAAAAUCUCUAAAAUUGUAUAUUUCUUUCCGUUUGGACAGAUACAACUAUGGAUUAAAAUUUCCAAGCCAUAUCUUAAGUUUUCCUGUUUUAUUCAGUGGUAACUACAUUUCUUACUCGUGAGAUUCUAUUUAAUGUUUACUACUGCCUUUGUGGUCGGUUGAAUGUCUUCUCUUCUCCAGUAGAUGUGGAAAAACGUGAAUCUAUAGAAAAAAAUGUACUUCAUAUUCGUUCUCUUCAAAUCAGCACUGUGUUUCAUAUCUUAUAUAAAAAAAUGUAUAUAAUUACCAGUUGGAGAAAUUUAUUAAAUUUUAUUGAAUUAAUUAAUAUUGUCAAAAAGAAUUACCUAUAUACAUUUGAUGUACACUGUUUUUUAAUAAUUUAUCAUAGCUACUGGAGCACAGAAACUUUCAGAAAAAUCUAAUGGAAUGAUUAGAGACAAUAUAAAAAACAAAAAUAUAUUAAACAAAUAUGACAACUCCCUUGGUUAAAGUUUAUAGGAAAAUGCACUCCAAGGAUAGUGAAGAAGUGAUUUUGACAAGCUUUUUCAUGGUUAGAUCAAAAAGAUUCUAUAAUAAAGAGUUGGAUAAAUUGAAAAAAGAUAAUAAAAGUUACCAGACAAAUUAGCAAAUGACGAGAAAUGUUUGUAACAUGGAGGAAUCCUCAAACAUUGUAAUUCUUCUCUUUUGCAUCCAUCUGGUUCGAGAGCUGUUCCGUCUUCAGGGGCGACUGGUCACGAAAUAAUCGCUACAAUGGCAGCCUCAUGUUACCAUGGAAACAGGAAGUCAGUCAACCAUGACAGAUCAUGUAAUGUUACCCGUUCCUGGACAUGACAGUCUUAUUUUUAGACAUGCAUGACUGAAUAUGUUGUUAUAUUUGUGCCUGUUCACUUUAUUUCAGAAACCCUUUGAUUUGUAAUGUGCACAGAGAUCAGUAUUAGUUCAAAAGAAUAUGUGCAUGAUCAGAUCAGAAUAAGAGAAAUUAUAUUGUUAUCAGUUAUUUGUAAAAAGAAUAAUAUGGUAUGAUAUGGAAGUAAAACAACCUCAAGAAGUAUAUAUAGAAGUCUAUCUUUAACCAUAUAACUGGUUGAGUCUACAAUUUAUAUCGAUUGUAUGUUGAAAUUUUCAGACACUUAAAAAGUAAAUUCAAAAGAGAAACAACAAAAAUGUAUAUGUAUUAUUUAUAGAUAAAAUCCAAAAACUGGAUCUAAAAAUAGGGGAUGGAGUAAAGAAUCCUGGAGGGAUUAUCUAUGGCAGGACUGGAGAAGACAAUUAAUCCUAAAUUGUCAAGUGCUUUUGCUGUUUUAUGUUAAAGCUGUUAAGUUUACAUAAAAGUAUUUAUCGGCAUGGAAACCAUUUUAAUACAAGUGCUGCACAUGUAAACUAUGUAAUGGAUUUUUUUACGUGAGAAUAUGUAUUGUCUAAAGGAAUCUUCUGCAUGUCCAACAUCCAAAAAGCUUACAUAUUAAAAAUGGAGAUGUACGUAGCUUUUACUCAAGGAAAGAUAUAUUUACACAGAAAAAAAAGUCCAGCCCCUGCUCUCAGUCCUUAUAAUAAUCCCUGAAGAUGCCACACUAAUUAAUAAGGUCUUUCCAUCUCUAAAUUUUUGAAUUUCAGAUUAAGGGGGCUCACAUAUACAUGAAACGUAGACAUUUAAAAGAUAUUACCAAACAAAAUUUGGCAUUGUUUUACAUGAUGACAAAAAAAAAGAACAAUACAGUGUAUCUUGAUUUCAAAAACGUUUUGUUUUGAAACAAAAUUAUAUUCAUAUGAUUGUGUGUUUGGUGAGCCCUCUUGAAGCGUUGUUAUUUUGACAUAAUACUGGUUGCUUGUUUUUGUUUUCUAGGUGGCAUGUCCUCAUAUGGAGCCUGGACUUGACUUCACAAAGGUUGUUGAUCCCUUCCUCCACCACCUACAAUGUUUCUCUCGGUGUAUAAUAGUUAUAAUAGAUCACGGCAUCAGUCCUCAACAGUAGAUAUUUGAAGGCGAUAUUAAAAUCUUGUGUAUUUUUUUAUGAUGACAACAUAACUGAUAAUGAAUGUAGGAGCAUAUACGGAGUAACUGUGUUGAUUUCAUCAGUCCAUUUAAUACUGCAAUAUUUGAAUAUUUAAAAAAAAAAAAAAAAAAA